UUGAAAAUGACGUCAGGUCAGUAGUUUCCGAAUCCUUCGACGUUUUACCUCUCAGUUUCAGAACAGUACGAGACAGAACUCACAGAGAUCCGGUCCUCAGCAAGGUUUACCGAUUCAUUCAGGAGGGCUGGCCGAAAGCACUACCAGCCAACGUAGAUCGCGAGCUUCAACGUUAUUUCAAUCAACGAGAUUCUCUUACAACAGUGCAAGGGUGCAUUCUAUACAACGAUCGUCUGGUAAUACCUUCGCUGCUUCGCAAGCAAUGUCUCAACCAAAUUCAUCUAGGCCAUCCAGGAAUCGGACGGAUGAAAGCAGUGGCCCGAAGCUACGUGUUCUGGCCAUCACUGGACGUUGAAAUUGCAGAAUACGUACGAACGUGUGUGCAUUGCGCUGCAGCCGCCAAAUCACCAGCGCAUAUUCCACCAGUACCCUGGCCAAAAUCAUCGUCUCUCUGGCAGCGGGUCCAUGUUGACUAUGCCGGACCCAUCGAUGGUGAAUAUUUUCUCCUAGUCGUCGAUUCUUACUCCAAGUGGCCUGAAAUUGUACAGACACGGCGAAUCACAAGUACAGCAACGAUCAACAUUCUUCGUGGCCUGUUUGCACGCCUGGGAAUGCCAGAGAAGCUGGUAUCCGACAACGGUACCCAGUUCACCAGUAUUGAGUUUAAGCAGUUUUGUGCUGAAAACGGUAUUGAUCAUGUCACUACCGCACCGUUUCACCCUCAAUCAAACGGUCAGGUUGAACGGUUCGUCGAUACUUUCAAGCGUGCAAUUAAUAAAAUUCAAGAAGGGAGAGGAUCAAUUAACGCUGCAUUGGAUACAUUUCUGCUGACGUAUCGAAGUACACCAAAUCAAUCAGCACCGAAUGGUUUGUCACCAUCGGAAGUGAUGUUCGGUCGACGCCUAAGAACGUGUUUGGAACUUCUACGUCCUCCACCGAACUGUACGCAAGAAUCGCUCCAGCACCAGCAAGUAGCUUCACGGUCCCUGAACAAAGGAGAUGCCGUGUUCGUGAAGGUUUAUGCUAAAAAUACUUGGAAAUGGAUUCCGGGCACCGUCAUCGAGAAAGUUGGUCGAGUGAUGUACAACGUUCUGGGAGACGGUCAUCGUCUUGUUCGGUGUCAUAUCAACCAGCUUCGGAAUCGAAGGCAUUCCGCUAAUGCAUCCGGAACAAGCCUGCAGACUACGACACGACAGUUACCAUUAAGUAUCCUGCUCGAUGCCUGGGAAUUACCAACAACAACAACAACAACGAGUACUCCUCGAUCUGAAGUAACACCGAAAGCAGCUUUAACCAGUGACACUGUCAGAACCCCGUCGUUGUCACCGUCGUUCCCUGAGACUUCAGACAGUCAACAGCUAUUACCAGAUAUGUCGUCAACCGCUACAACCACAUCUACUUCUGAGACUGUUACGGCAGUUACACCAAGUUUUCUUCAACCCUGGCGCUCUUCGCGAGUCCGAAGACCACCUAAGCGGUUUACCCCGUAUCAACGCUACUAGGAGGGAGAUGUUGGGGCAAAUGGAAUAAUCCUCUGGCAACAUGGUCGUACUCAACGAAUGGCAACACUGGGCUCGUCACUGACAUUUCACGCGAUGAUAGUAACUGAUGCCACUUGUGUUUCCGGCGUUAUACAGACUGGACA